AUGGAAACUUUAGAGAUUCAUUCUAAGGAUUUUUUGUUUAAAUGGGUUCAUGCUCCAGAUAAUUCAAUUAUUGAUUGGCAAGUCAAACCAUUAAAGAAAUCUAUUGGUCUUGCCAUAUAUAGAAAGGAUGAGGAAUCCCUUCAUCAUAAUGGUGAUAAUACUCCAGAGAAUGAUCUGCUGAUCCCACCUAUACAACCACCAUCAUCUUCCCUUAAUUCUUCUCGUAUGAGAUCUACUUCGGUCACUUCAGUGAAUCAAAUCAAUUCAAGUACUUCAUCCUUCAAAUCAAAAUCAAGAUCAUCUACUUUUUCAACUAAUUUAAUUAAUUCUGAUUUAGUACUCAUUAAAAAUUAUCAUAAAUUAAUUGCUAAUGAAUUAGUCCAUGGAAAAUUCGAAGUCACUAAAGGAGGUAUGUACGCCUUUAUCUUUGAUAAUUCAUUUUCAAAGACGACCGGUAAAAAAGUAUUCUUCAGUAGCAAAAUCAUAGAAAGUUCUAAUAGUACCAAUGUCAAUGAUGAGCCACAAGCCAUCUACCCUACUUCAACUAAUAUUUUAAGACCCAAAAAUGGUGAAUUGUUGCAAAGUAUCUUAUUGAAGAAAAGAAGAAAGAAGUUACAAGGGUUUACCAAAAGAUAUUUCAUAUUGAAUUAUAAAUACGGUACAUUAUCAUACUUUAGAGUUAAUGAUAAUAAAUUAAGAGGUCAAAUGCCUAUCAAACAUUCCAUUGUCAGUGCCAAUGCUAGAACAAGAGAAAUUAUUAUAGAUUCUGGUAUGGAAGUUUGGAACUUGAAGGCCUUAAACGUUAAAGAAUUUAAUGCUUGGGUUGAUGCAUUUAAUGAAAUAAAAGGUGGAUUGUAUGCUGAAGAAAAAGAUCAACCUGAUGAAUUUGAAGAAUUGGAUCAAAGUCAAUUCUUAGAUGAUUUGAUUGCUAUGUCAACUAAAUUAGAUCAAUUGAAAUUACAAACUGAAAAUCCUUUAGUUCUUGAAUUACAAGAUGAUCUUACCUAUUUAAUAGAAAAAAUAAAACCUAGCUCUGUUGAUGCUCUUUCAGUGGUCUCAUCGAAUGACUUUUAUGAUGCCAGUGAGUACUUAGAUGUGACAAGCACUGGAGUGGUCUUACUAGAUCAAGCUCCCUCAAUUUCAACCAAACUUAUUGAUACCAAAUUGGCAGAAUCUCCAACAGAAAUGAGUAUAAUAGAAGAUCAAAUAGAUGCCGUUUCAACGUCUUCAGAAUCUGGAAGUGAUGAUGAACCUCUUGAAAUUAUACCUCUUCCCGUCGAAGAAGAGACAGUUAAAAUAAGUGAUGGUGAUGAAGAUGUCACUUUAUUCCCAUUACCCCAUGAUCCAGUAGAAAGAGAAUCCGAUAUACCCAUUUGUAAUCAUUCACCUCCAAAUAUUUUAAGUCUUUUCCGUAAAAAUGUCGGAAAGGAUUUAUCAACUAUUGCUAUGCCCGUCACUAUGAAUGAACCAUUAACGACAUUACAAAAGUAUAGUGAAAUGUUUGAGUAUUGUGAAUUGAUUGACAAUGCUUUACAACCAUCUUUUUCUGAUGAAUCAGGUGAAAAAAUCUUAAGAAUUGCUGCUUUCGCAGUCAGUUAUAUUUCAAGUGCCAGAGUUAAAGAACGUAACAAUAGAAAACCAUUCAACCCAUUAUUAGGAGAAACUUUUGAAUUAGUCAGAGAAGAUAAAAACAUUAGAUUAAUUUCUGAAAAAGUUUGUCAUAGACCUCCAGUUUUUGCAUAUUUUGUUGAAUCACCAAAAUGGACUUUAAGUUUUAGUCCAUCACCAAAUCAAACAUUUUGGGGUAAAAAUGCCGAAAUUGUCACAAAGGGGGUUGUGAAAUUAACAGUCAAGGAAACUAAUGAAGUUUUCACGUGGUCUCAUCCUUCUACUUUAUUAAAGAAUAUCAUUGCUGGAGAAAAGUAUACUGAACCUUCAUCAGCUAUAACGAUUAAAUCUUCAAGUGGUUAUAGAGCAGUUGUUGAAUUUGCUAAAGGUGGUAUGUUCAGUGGUAGAUCUGAAGAUUUAAAUAUUAAAGCAUUCAAUCCUAGUAAAAAAGAAUUGGCAUAUACCGUUAGUGGAAAAUGGACUGAAUCUUUAACGUUGAAGACCAAUACUACUGAAAAAUUGAUUUGGGAAUGUGGUGAAUUAUUACCAAACGCAGUUAAGAAGUUUGGUUUUACUGAAUUUGCAGGUCAAUUAAGUAAAAUUUCUCCAAUUGAAAAAGGUAAAAUUGCUCCUACCGAUUCAAGAUUAAGACCAGAUAUGCAAAUUUAUUUGAAGGGAGAACUUGAAAAAGCAGAAGAAGUAAAAGUACAACUUGAAGAAGCCCAAAGAGGCAGAAGAAAAGAGUUAGAACUGUCUGGUGAAGAAUACGUUCCAAAAUUCUUCAAACAAAUCGGUGACGAUGCUCCUGAUAACAGUGAAUGGGUUUAUGUCAGAGGUGAAAAGAGUUACUGGAAUAGAAGAAAAAAUCAAGAUUGGGAUGACUUGCUCGAAUUGUGGUAG